AUGCCGCGUCUCGUGGGCGAUGCCGCCAGGGUCGUGGACACGGGCGAGCUGACCAUCGACGAACUGGCAGGGAAUGUGGCAACCAAGAACGACCGAAUCAGCAUUGCACACGUGAAGAUCACAGAGCCCACGAGUGAGCCGUGGUUGACGCUGCAUUACGACGAGUGGAUGUGCGUGCUCCGUGGUCGCCUAGUCUUGCUGCAUGGAGAUGGAGAGAGUUUGGAGGUUCUGGCUGGGCAGACCGUCUUCAUUGAGAAAGGAGAGCGGUUCCGGCCAACUUUUCCCGAUGGUGCCACGGAGUACAUCCCGGUUUGUUUGCCAGCCUUCCGCCCGGACCGCUGCAUCCGUGAGGAGGCGGAAAGUGUGGUAAGCACAAAACUUCAAGAGCUGCAUGGAGGAAACCAUGGGUAUCAGCAGCAACCCGUGCCGGACUCUGAUGCUCCAGAAGUCCUCUACCACAUGUGUCAGAAGUCACUGUGGGAUGAAGCCAAGAAGGCAGGCGCUGCCUACUUUCCACCAACCUUUGAGGCCGAUGGCUUUACGCAUGCCACUGCCGUUCCCUCGCGCCUGUUGGAUACGGCCAACCACUUCUACCAGGAUGUGGAUGGGGACUGGCUCUGCCUCUGCUUUCGCCGCUCCGCGCUGCGGAAGCUGGGCAUCGUCACGCGAGAUGAGCAGGCGAAGCCAGUCGGUGCAAAGGAUGUCGACACGAACUCCAAGGCCUUCGUAUGGCCGCAUGUCUUUGGUGGCAUCCCUCCACAGGUGGUCGAGGGUGAGUUCCCCAUGCUCAGGCAGGGGCGUGUUUUUGCUGCGAUUCCUGGGUUGACUGACGUGCCUGCGCGGGUCUUUAAGCUUGCUACCGCGAGCGAGGCCAAGCAGUUCGCAGAGAUGCAGCAAAUCUUGUCACAGUUGGAUGCCAAGGAUGGCUUCGUCCAUCUGAGCGACGCCCGGGCUGUGCGGACAGUUGCUGCUCGCUUCUUCGGCGAUUGCAAGGACCUGAUACUUCUGGAGAUUGAUCCCGAACGGCUGCCAAAGCCCCUCACAUGGCUUCAUGGCACCAUGGGGGAUGCAGAGCCCGACGAUGCCAGGCAAUCAGCAAGCUCCGUUCUGCACUAUCUCCGGCCGGAUGGCUGCAUCCACGUCUAUGGGCAGCCCGUGCCCUACACGGCGGUGACCCGCACUGAAACAGUGGCCCUCGGCCAGGAUGGCCAUGGCCAUGUCUUCCCAGCCUGGCUUUGA